UCCCGCAGGACAAUGUAGAGAGAGACACCGACCGAGAGUUGAUCCGACGCAGUUAGCAAGCAGCCAGCAGCCGGGAUGUUAGUGUGGAUCAUCUAAGCGGCGUUUAGAGCUCGCAUCGCGGCCGGAGUUCAGUAAUCUAAGCCGGGGGAGCAGCGAUGGGAAGCCCGGCCUGAGCUGCAGCUCCUGGGCCACAAACAGGCGGAAGAUGGGUGUCGUGCUGCGGAGCCUGUUGUUGUGUAGUUUUUGUUUUCUCAUACGAGGCGUGCCGCUGCUGCUGUAUGCCAACCGGCGGGACCUUCGGCUGGUGGACGCGGCCCACGAGAAGGCCAACGCCACGGUGGUGGUGGGGGGGCUGGAGGACGCGGCCGCGGUGGACUACGUCUACUCGCAGGGCCUCAUCUACUGGAGCGACGUGAGCGAGGAGGCCAUCAAACGCACCGUCUUCAACCAGUCGGGGGCCAGCGCCGUGCAGAUCGUGGUCCCGGGCCUGGCCUCCCCCGACGGACUGGCCUGCGAUUGGUUGGGGAGUAAACUGUACUGGACGGACUCGGAGACCAAUCGGAUAGAGGUGGCGGAGCUGGACGGGUCUCUGAGGAAAGUUCUGUUCUGGCAGGAGCUGGACCAGCCGAGAGCCAUCGCUCUGGACCCGGGACGAGGGUACAUGUACUGGACGGACUGGGGCGAGGUGCCAAAGAUCGAGCGUGCUGGGAUGGACGGGACGAACCGCUCGAUGAUCGUGGAUAAAGAGAUCUACUGGCCCAACGGCCUCACGCUGGACUACAGCCAGCAGAAGCUCUACUGGGCCGACGCCAAGCACAACUUCAUCCACCGCUGCAACCUGGACGGAUCCUCCAGGGAGGUGGUGGUGAAGGGCGAGCUGCCUCACCCCUUCGCUCUGACGCUGUACGAGGAGACGCUGUUCUGGACCGACUGGAACACUCACUCCAUCCACGCCUGCAGGAAGCAGACGGGAGGAGAGCAGCGCGUCGUCCACUCGGACAUCUUCUCCCCCAUGGACAUCCACGUCUUCAGCCCCAAGAGACAGCCGCCAUUGAGCAGUCCGUGCACUCUGAAGAACGGAGGAUGUUCUCAUCUCUGUCUCGUCUCACCGCUCAAACCUUUCUAUCAGUGCGCCUGUCCCACCGGAGUCCAGCUGCUGGAGGACGGCAAGACCUGCAGAGACGGCGCCACUCAGAUGCUGCUGUUGGCUCGGCGGACCGACCUGCGCCGCAUCUCUCUGGACAUGCCGGACUUCACCGACAUCAUCCUGCAGGUGGACGACAUCCGGCAUGCCAUCGCCAUCGACUACGACCCGGUGGACGGAUACAUCUACUGGACGGACGACGACGUGAAGGCCAUCCGCCGCUCCCUCCCCGACGGCAGCGACGCUCAGUUCGUGGUGACGUCGCAGGUCAACCAUCCCGACGGCAUCGCGGUGGACUGGAUCGCCAGGAACCUGUACUGGACCGACACCGGCACCGACCGCAUCGAGGUGACGCGGCUCAACGGGACCAUGAGGAAGAUCCUGAUCUCUGAAGACCUGGACGAGCCCAGAGCCAUCGUCCUGGACCCGGUGGCAGGGUACAUGUACUGGACCGACUGGGGUGAGGUGCCGAAGAUCGAGCGAGCCGAUCUUGACGGUUUGGAGCGAGUCGUGAUGGUGAACACGUCGCUCGGUUGGCCCAACGGUCUCGCCCUCGACUACGACGAACGCAAAAUAUACUGGGGGGACGCCAAGACCGACAAGAUAGAGGUGAUGAACAUGGACGGCACGGCUCGACGGGUGCUGGUAGAGGACAAACUUCCUCACAUCUUCGGCUUCACGCUGCUGGGCGACUACAUCUACUGGACGGACUGGCAGCGCCGCAGCAUCGAGCGCGUCCACAAACGCACCGCCGAGCGCGAGUUCAUCAUCGACCAGCUGCCGGACCUGAUGGGCCUGAAGGCCACGUACGUGCACGAGAGCUUCGGUACUAACCCGUGUGCGGAGAACAACGGCGGCUGCAGUCACCUCUGCCUCUACAAGCCUGUGGGAGUCCAGUGUGGCUGUCCCAUCGGUCUGGAGCUCAUCGCCGACAUGCGGACCUGCAUCGUCCCCGAGGCGUUCCUGCUGUUCUCCCGCCACACCGACAUCCGCCGGAUCUCCCUGGAGACCAACAACAACAACGUGGCGAUCCCGCUCACCGGCGUCAAGGAGGCCUCGGCGCUCGACUUCGACGUCACCGACAACCGCAUCUACUGGACGGACAUCACUCUGAAGACCAUCAGCCGAGCCUUCAUGAACGGCAGCGCUCUGGAGCACGUGGUGGAGUUCGGGCUGGACUACCCGGAGGGAAUGGCGGUGGACUGGUUGGGGAAGAACCUGUACUGGGCCGACACCGGAACCAACCGCAUCGAGGUGGCCAAGCUGGACGGGCAGCACCGGCAGGUCCUGGUCUGGAAGGAUCUGGACAGUCCUCGAGCUCUGGCUCUGGAUCCUGCCGAAGGCUACAUGUACUGGACCGAGUGGGGCGGGAAGCCGAAGAUCGACCGAGCAGCGAUGGACGGGACGGGUCGCAUCACUCUGGUGGACGACGUGGGCCGAGCCAACGGACUCACCAUCGACUACGCCGAGCGCCGCCUGUACUGGACCGACCUGGACACCACGCUCAUCGAGUCCUCCAACAUGCUCGGCAAGGACCGUGAGGUGAUAGCAGAUGACCUCCCCCACCCCUUCGGCCUGACUCAGUACCAGGACUACAUCUACUGGACGGACUGGAGCCAGCGCAGCAUCGAGCGGGCCAACAAGACCAGCGGCCAGAACCGCACCGUGAUCCAGGGCCAUCUGGACUACGUCAUGGACAUCCUGGUCUUCCACUCGUCUCGGCAGGGCGGCUGGAACGCCUGCGCCUCCACCAACGGACACUGCUCACACCUCUGCCUCGCCGUCCCCGUCAGCAGCUUCGUGUGCGGCUGCCCGGCUCACUUCUCCCUCAACUACGACAACAAGACCUGCAGCGCUCCGACGUCCUUCCUGCUGUUCAGCCAGAAGACGGCGAUCAACCGGAUGGUGAUGGACGAGCAGCAGAGUCCCGACAUCAUCCUGCCGAUCCACAGCCUGAGGAACGUCCGCGCCAUCGACUACGACCCGCUCGACAAGCAGCUCUACUGGAUCGACUCCAAGCAGAACGUCAUCCGCAGGGCCCAGGAGGACGGGAACCAGAGCAUGACGGUGGUGUCCAGCUCCCUGGGGCCCAGUCAGGGUCUGCAGCUGUACGACCUGAGCAUCGACAUCUUCAGCCGCUUCAUCUACUGGACCAGCGAGGUCACCAACGUCAUCAACGUGACCCGGACCGACGGCAGCCGGGUCGGAGUCGUCCUCCGAGGAGAGACCGACAAGCCCAGAGCCAUCGUAGUCAACCCAGAGAGAGGCUACAUGUACUUCACCAACCUUCUGGAGCGAUCCCCGAAGAUCGAGCGAGCGGCUCUGGACGGGACGGAGCGGGAGAUCCUGUUCUUCAGCGGCCUCGGGAAGCCCGUCGCGCUCGCCAUCGACAACGAGGUCGGGAAGCUGUUCUGGGUCGACUCGGACCUGAGACGCAUCGAGAGCAGCGACCUCUCCGAUAAACAUCCGUGCACGUGGGAUAACGGCGGCUGCUCGCACAUCUGCAUCGUUAAAGGAGACGGAACGACUCGCUGCUCCUGUCCGGUUCACCUGGUGCUGCUGCAGGACGAGCUCUCCUGUGGAGAGCCCCCCACCUGUUCCCCGGAGCAGUUCUCGUGUGUCGGUGAGGUGGACUGCAUCCCUCAGGCGUGGCGUUGUGACGGUUACCCCGAGUGUGACGACCGCAGCGAUGAGAAGGAUUGUCCCGUCUGCUCCGAGUCGGAGUUUCAGUGCGACAGCCGUCAGUGCAUCGACCUGAGCCUCCGCUGCAACGGAGAGAUCAACUGCCAGGACCGCUCCGACGAGAACAAGUGUGAAGUGCGUUGUCCAGCGGAUCAGUUCACCUGCUCCAACGGUCAGUGCAUCGGGAAACACAAGAAGUGCGACCACAACACGGACUGCACCGACAACUCCGACGAGAUCGGCUGCUACCCGACAGAGGAGCCUCCGCCGCCUCCCAACAACACGAUUGGCUCCAUCGUGGGCGUGGUGAUGGCGCUGUUCGUGGUGGGCGCCGUGUACUUCGUGUGUCAGCGUGUUUUGUGUCCUCAGAUGAAAGACGACGGAGAAACCGUCACCAACGACUUCGUGGUCCACGGACCGUCGUCGGCGCCGCUCGGCUACGUGCCGCAUCCGAGCUCGCUGUCCAGCUCACUGCCAGGCAUGUCCAGAGGGAAGUCUGUGAUUGGCUCUCUCAGCAUUAUGGGCGGGAGCAGCGGGCCUCCGUACGACCGCGCUCACGUGACCGGAGCGUCGUCCAGCAGCUCGUCGAGCACGAAGGGAACGUACUUCCCCCCGAUCUUGAACCCUCCUCCGUCUCCGGCUACGGUUCGUUCUCAGUACACCAUGGAGUUCGGUUAUUCCUCCAACAGCCCCUCCACCCAUCGAUCCUACAGCUAUCGGCCGUAUACGUACCGUCACUUCGCCCCCCCCACGACCCCCUGCAGCACCGACGUCUGCGACAGCGACUACACGCCGGGCCGCCGGGCGCCGCUCAAGUCCAGCGCCGCCUCGGCCGCCGCCGCCGCCGCCAAGGGCUACACCAGCGACCUCAACUACGACUCGGAGCCGUUCCCGCCGCCGCCGACGCCGCGCAGCCAGUACCUGUCCGCCGAGGAGAACUGUGAGAGCUGCCCCCCCUCGCCUUACACCGAGCGCAGCUACUCCCACCACCUCUACCCGCCCCCCCCCUCGCCCUGCACGGACUCCUCGUGAGCCUCACCGACCCCCGACCCUUCACCCCUUCACCCCGUCACCCCCACCUCCGCACAG